AUGGACCUCAACAGCUUGAGAGACCAAGUCAGCAACCUGACCUUGUACGAUAUCAAGGCAGGAGUGCGCAAGGUCCAGAAUGGUACGAUGAGCCCCAUGGAACGCGGUGUGCGAGCUGGGUUGACACUCGUCCUGUCUAACCCACCGCAGGUCCGAGAAGCAACGAACAAUGAACCCUGGGGCGCCUCGACCUCUCUCAUGCAGGAAAUCGCCAAUGGCACACACAGCUACCAACUCCUCAACGAAAUCAUGCCUCUGAUAUACAAGCGGUUCACAGACAAAUCCGCAGAGGAGUGGCGCCAGAUCUACAAGUCCCUCCAAUUGCUCGAGUUUCUGAUAAAGAACGGUUCUGAACGAGUGAUAGAUGACGCGCGACAGCACGUUUCCCUUCUCCGCAUGCUUCGGCAGUUCCACUACAUUGACCAAAAUGGCAAGGAUCAAGGUGUCAACGUUCGAAAUCGAGCCCAAGAAAUUGCGAAAUUGCUCAGUGAUGUUGAUUCGAUUCGAGCUGAAAGAAAGAAAGCUCGAGCAAAUCGAAACAAGGCGGGAGGUGUUGAGGGUGGAAUGGGAAUUGGUGGAGGCAUGUCCAGCGGCAGCAGAUACGGUGGAUUUGGAAGUGAUGCUGGGUAUGGAGGAUAUCGAGGCGAGGUGUACGGCGAUGGCGGUGGCUUUGGCGGCAAUACAUCGGGAUUUCAGGACACUCAACGUCGUAGCGACAAAUUUGAAGAGUAUGAUGAAGAUGAAGAGGAUGGUGGCUCGUCUGCUGCAAAACCAUCUGCGGCCUCCCACGCACGGACUGCCUCCGGUCUGCGCGCCGCUUCCCUCAACACGAUCAAGAGAGAUGCUAAGAUCAAGAAAGAGCCGGAGCAGGAUCUAUUCGAGUUCGGAGACGAACCAGCAGCGACUUCAGCCUCCAACGGCAAAGCCAAGAUGAGUUCACCCAAAGCCGCUGACGAGCUCGGAGCCAUGGAUUCAGGUAUAGGUGGUGAUGAUGACUUUGAUGAUUUCCAGUCAGCCACUACACCAGGUCUGACAACCGAAGCACAAAGUUCUGCAAUCCCAGGCCUUACAUCACCACCACCGGCAGCCAGCUCAGCCAUUACCUCCUCCACGUCAUUCGCCGCACCUCACAACGUGGUACCGCCACCAGCAUCCAACAUAAAUGACCUCUUCGCAAGCUUGUCGCCUACCACAUCCUCAAACAAACCUAUAAAUACUUCAACACCAUCACUGUCAAUGACAUCCUCCAUCUCUUCCCUACCACCGCCAUCCCAAGCAACCAAACCAGUAACCUCGGGCUUUGUGUCCUCAGGGCCGAAUUAUUACACCUCCGUGCCCUCCACCAUCAAUAAUUCCUCUACAACAAGCACCACUUCAUCCGUCAAAUCACCCCUCUCAAGCACGAUCUCCCCAGGCAUGGGCCAGAAACAGUAUUCCUCUACGAACACCGCAUCCCUAGGCAAACCAAACCCCUCCACAUCCACAUCCGCCGCCGGGGCCGACGUAUUCACCUCCCUCUGGUCCAGCGCCAGUGCCAAAUCUGGGAUCCAGAGUAGAUCCGGCACUUCCACCCCUGGGAACAAAGGCCCAGAUCUGGCGAGUAUGGCUAAGGCGAAGAAUGAGGCUGCGAUGUGGGGAACUCCAGUAGGCGCUGCCUCUGGGGUAAACGGCAGUGGAGGUGGGAGUGGAAGCGGUGGCAUACCGCCUAGACCCAGUGCGCCGACGCCUAGGACAGCUACGAUGGGUGGAGGGCAGGGGCAGGGACAGGGGCAGGGGCAGCAGCUGGGUGGAGGACUGGAUGAUCUUCUAGGUUGA